UUUAGUAACAACUUUAGCAGAACCUUCAGAUGCCUCCUGUGCGCGCUAGGUAAUACAUUCGGACACAGUUUGCUUUGUACGAGAACGUAGUUUGAGUCCUUUAGUCGGGUCCCCACUGUGGCGCGCAUCCCAUCGGGCUUUCGUGACAGAUAAUCUAGGGCUGAGGGGCUUCCCUCGACUGAAUCCUGAGACCGGAUGGGAGUUGGAAGGCUGGUGGCGUCUUUGGCGAAAGGAAGUUUUCUUACCACGCGAGGAAGCAAUAGGUUUGGUGGUCUUAUGCGUUUCCCGGCUCACAUAAGAUUUCUGGAAAGCAUCUUCACUCGUCUUAGCCUGUCCAGAAGUUUGCGGUGUUCUUGGAGCACGAGUGCGCUGGGAUAUACUGACAGCUCCAGUACGCGAGAAACCAGGGGCGCGCACAGGAGCCUGCGAAAGGCUAGAAAGGCGCGGGCGUUGGGAGCCAGGCACAGAAGUAGAUUUUUUGGCCCCAGGUUGCCGUCUGGCCUUGAAGAUUUUCUCGUGAUCGGGAUGGGGAACAACUUGAUCCAGGAAUAUGCGGGGAGCAUAAAUGUUAUGUUUCUAGUCAUCUUCGCUCAUCUCAUUAAGCUCAUGGCAGAGCUUAAGAAGCAAAUCAGAAGUCAGGUAUCUUGCAGCUAAAGCACGGGUGUCCUAAUCAAUUUCCGGAAGACUGAAGCGUGAUCCAGACUCAUGUGGGUUGGUGUCUGGGAGUUUGACAGGAUUAUAUGCAACGUUCGUUGUGACAGAGUCGUGACCGUCCUUGACCUU